AUGACGAAUAAGAGCCGCGGGGCCAGCGCAGCGGCGUGCAUCGCGGCGCUGCUGGUGCUGGUGGCGCUGUCUGCGGCGCAGGCGGCGGCCCCGCUGCGAACCCCGGCGUGGCCCGCGCAGCUGUCCGCUCCCAACGUGAGCGCCGAGCGCCGCCUACGCCGCUACGUGCGCUUCCCCGCCGGCCGGUACGGCGCGCGCCCGCAGCCCCAGCCUCCACCCUCCGCCUACCUGCCCGAGCACGCGCCCUGGCUGCCACUCAGGCCGAGCCCACAGCGCGAGCGGAGCCCGCGGCUGGUGUUCCGGGAUCCCGACGCGCCGGGGACGCUGCCCGCCUUCUACCCACAGCACAACGGUCUCAGCUCGCCGGCCGACGACCCGCGGGAGUACCGAAAACAGCCGUACCCUUUCGCGGGCGACCAGUCGAUGUGCUCGCAAGGGACGUGUGAGUUCUUCCUGACUUGCUGGAUGUCUGCGGGGCUGCUGGAGGGCAGCUGUGGCGGCUUCCUGUACGCCUGCUGCCAGCGCCGGCCGCCGUCCACGGCCAAGAAGAGUGAGCACUCGCUGGCGCCGCUGCCGGACUACGGGCCUGUGCUCAACGACCCCCGGUGCGGGCUAUCCUCUGGCAAGCUGGGCCAACUGGUGGGCGCGCAGCGGAGGAUCGUCGGCGGUGACGAAGCGGGCUUCGGCAGCUUCCCCUGGCAGGCGUAUAUCAGGAUCGGAUCCAGCCGCUGCGGAGGUUCCUUGGUGAACAGAUACCAUGUCGUCACUGCCGGACACUGCGUAGCCAGGGCAAGCGCGCGCCAGGUGCAGGUGACGCUGGGCGACUACGUCAUCAACUCUGCGGUGGAGCCGCUGCCCGCCUACACGUUCGGCGUGCGCGAGAUCCGCGUGCACCCGUACUUCAAGUUCACGCCGCAGGCCGACCGCUUCGACGUGGCGGUUCUGCGGCUGGACCGGCCGGCGCCCUACCUGCCGCACAUCGCGCCCAUCUGCCUGCCCGAGAAGGGCGAGGACUUCCUGGGCCAGUACGGCUGGGCCGCGGGCUGGGGCGCGCUGCAGGCCGGUUCCCGACUGAGACCAAAGACACUUCAAGCAGUUGAUGUUCCUGUUAUUGACAACAGAUUAUGUGAACGGUGGCACAAGUCAAAUGGAAUCAAUGUUGUGAUUUAUGAUGAGAUGAUGUGUGCUGGAUAUAGAGGAGGUGGUAAAGAUUCCUGUCAGGGUGAUUCUGGAGGGCCAUUAAUGCUGGAAAAAGCUGGAAGAUGGUAUCUGAUUGGUAUUGUCUCAGCUGGAUAUUCAUGUGCCCAGAGAGGUCAACCUGGAAUUUAUCAUCGUGUUGCAGAGACAGUAGACUGGAUAUCAUACAUCAUUAAUUCAUAACUGAUGGAACAGCUAUGCAAAAGAGUAUGAAGAUUUAACAAGUUCCUCACUAGUGUUGGUGACCUGAGUAUGUGUGUGUUGAAGGAUAUUCACUGAAUUAAGCAAGAGACAUCUUACAACAAAAUGACUGUAAAUGUAGACAGCAUCUGCCUUGUAUGACACAUGGAUGUCAUAAUGUAGUUCACUAACUUCAGGGUUUUCUCUUAAGUGAACAUAUGAUUUUAACAUGGAUGUUUAUACACAAGUUAGAUUUAAAUUAGUGAUGUCUCUCAGUCAUGUGUUAUUUAUGUUGGCUGUGCCUAAUAUUUCACAAAUAUUGUGGUGAACAUAAAUACUUCCACAACUUUUGUGGGAUACAUUUUUAUUUGUGUUUACCAUAUUCAUAAAAGUCAUAAAUUAAUCUCUUUUCUUCAUAU